GGAGAAGGCUAUGAAGAGAGAAAUGGUGAGAAAGAACACAGAGAGAAGAGAAGAAGGCAUCGCAGUAGCGAUUGAUCGAGACAAAGGAAGCCAAAACGCUUUGAAAUGGGCGAUCGAUAACCUUAUAACCCGAGCCCAGACCCUUACUCUUGUUCAUGUCAGAGUCAAACACGUUCCUACUCCUCCCUUCUCGGGAUCCACACCUAGUGCUAAGCAUGGGGACGACGUGAAGGAUUUGUUUCUUCCAUUCCGCUGCUUUUGCGCCCGAAAGGAUAUAAACUGCGAAGACGUCAUCUUGGACGACGUCGAUGCAUCUAAAGGUUUAAUCAACUACGUGACUGAGAACACGAUUGAAACUCUAGUACUCGGUGCAUCUAAGACCAAUCUAUUAAGGAGGUUUAAAGCACCAGAUGUCCCAAGCUCAGUCAUGAAAGGGGCACCAAAUUUCUGUACAGUAUAUGUAAUUUCUAGAGGGAAAAUCUCGUCAGCAAGACCAGCUACAUGUUCACCUCCGAGACCCCUAGUACCACAACAACAAUUACAGACUCAGCCUAGAAACAGGGCCGACAUUGGCUACCCCAAGCCUUACACUAAUGCUAGAGCUGAUAGGAGACAACAAGCACCGCAAAGAAUGCAGGAUGAGAUGGAGAUCAGGUCUGUAUUCAGCAGAAGGGGAUAUGAAGGCACUUACCAGCCCUUAAUAAUGGAUUCCGACAUAUCAUUUGUGAGCAGUGGAAGACCGAGCGUGGAUCAGAUGUUUCCGGCCUUUUCUGACAAUCUGGAUGUUGGAUUGACUUCCAUUCAGCUCUCAAACUGCAGCUCUGAGUUCGAUGAAGGCAGAUGGAGCAGAUCGGGAUUAACUCCCACCCGACUCUCAACAAGCUCUGAGUUCGAAGACAACAAACGCGGCAAACCCAUAUUGACUCCAACCCGGCUCUCAACAAGCUCUGAGAUUGAAGACAACAGAUGGGGCAAACCACCCGUUUUCACUCCGACCCGACUCUCAACCAGCUCUGACCAUGAAGACAACAGAUGGAGCAAAGCUGGAAUAACUCCGACCCAGCUCUCAACCAGCUCCGAGUGCGAAGACAACAGGUUGAGCUUCACUGCAUCCUACACUUCUGAAAACCAAUCAAUAGAUCUCUCGUCAUAUCCAGAAUUCUCGUCAAGCUCGCUAGAAAGCGGGGCAGUCUCAUGGUCAAUCCAGAGCCUGGAUGAGGUUGAAGCUGAGAUGAGAAGGCUGAAACUGGAGCUCAAGCAGACAACAGACAUGUACAGCAAUGUCUGCAAGGAAGCAGUCGCUGCAAAGAAGAAGGCUACAGAGUUACACCAAUGGAAAGAAGAGAAGACUCAGAAACUAGAAGAGGUAAGACUUGCCAAAGAAGCAGCACUAGCAUUGGCUGAGAGUGAGAAGUCAAAGUGCAGAGCAGCCAUAGAGGCUGCUGCAGCAGCUCAGAGAAUCACAGAACUUGAAGCUCAGAAGAGAAAGCAAGCAGAAAUAACAGCCCUCAGAGAAGCAGAGGAGAAGAAAAAGGUAUUGAGUGCUUUAAUCCAAGACGAUGUGAGGUUUAGGAAAUACACAAUCGAGGAGAUUGAGCAAGCCACAGAAAACUUCUCGGAUUCUCGCAAGAUUGGAGAAGGAGGCUAUGGACCUGUUUACAAAGGCACUCUAGAUCAUACACCAGUGGCAAUAAAAGUGUUACGACCAGACGCAGCACAAGGAAGAUCACAGUUCCAGCAAGAGGUAGAAGUACUGACCUGCAUGAGACAUCCAAACAUGGUUCUCCUUGUUGGAGCCUGCCCAGAAUAUGGCUGUCUAGUCUAUGAAUACAUGGCCAAUGGUAGCUUAGACGAUCGUCUUUCACGACGAAGCAACACUCCAGUUCUUCCUUGGCAACUAAGAUUCCGCAUAGCGGCUGAAAUUGCCACCGGUCUUCUUUUCCUUCACCAGACGAAACCAGAGCCACUGGUGCACCGUGACCUGAAACCAGGCAACAUUUUACUCGACAAGAACUUCAUUAGCAAAAUUUCCGAUGUCGGGUUGGCGAGGCUCGUCCCUCCAUCAGUAGCGGACACCAUGACUCAGUAUAGAAUGACGGCAACUGCCGGAACAUUCUGUUAUAUAGAUCCAGAAUAUCAGCAAACUGGAAUGUUGGGGACCAAAUCAGACAUAUACUCACUCGGGAUUAUGCUUUUGCAAAUAAUCACAGCCAAGCCACCCAUGGGUUUGACUCAUUAUGUCGAGAGAUCAAUUGAGAAGGGAACUUUCGCUGAGAUGCUAGACCCUGCUGUUCCUGACUGGCCUGUGGAAGAGGCCCUGGUAUUUGCAAAACUGGCUCUACAAUGUUCAGAACUAAGGCGAAAGGACAGACCCGACCUAGGUAAGGUCGUAUUGCCAGAGCUUAACAGGCUGAGAGCUCUAGCUGAAGAAAACAUGCCUCUCACAUUUGGAGGAAGUGAACGGCAUUCAUCCAACAGCAGCCGGAAUAACAGCCAGACGAACAGCCAAACAUCCAUGGCUUCCUCCCAAGAGCUAUUGAGUGAUGUGCAGCUACAAUAUGGAUAUGAGAGCGCAAAGAGCCAUGCCAGCAUGCCAUCCAGCGGAGGAAGCACAUAAUUAAGAU